AACCUCACCCUGCCUCGAGGAGACCAGUGAGGGUGGAGUCAGGAGAGACGAGUACCCUCAUUCUGUGGAGGAGACAAGAGGUGGCAUCCUUCUGUCGUGCGGGCAUGGCCCAGCUACUGCAAAGAUUGGCUGGGACACAAAGACGCUGCUCACUUCAUCGAGUGACCUUUCUUCUCCUAAUAGCUCUUGCCUUGGCCUUCUUUGGCUAUUGUUACCUGAAGCCGAGAAGCCAGAAGCUGGAAGGUACCUGGGCUGGGGCAAGCGUGGCUGUUAGAGAACGCCACGGCCUGCAAGAUGUAAAAUUAUCAAGGAUGGUGUAUCCCCAGCCACAUGUGCUAACACUCUCUAGGGAAGAUGUUCUCCUCGUGACCCCUUGGCUGGCUCCCAUCAUCUGGGACAAGACUUUCAAUAUUGACAUCCUGAAUGAGCAGUUCCGGCUCCAGAAUGCCACCAUUGGAUUAACCGUGUUUGCCGUAGAAAAAUACAUUGUCUACCUGAAGCGGUUCCUGGAAACCGCAGAGAUGCACUUCAUGGUGGGACACAAGGUGAACUACUAUGUCUUCACUGACCGCCCAGAGCACGUUCCUCUCAUUCGCCUCCAAAAAGGAAGGCAGAUCGUCAUCCUCAAGGUCCGGAGCUAUUCCCACUGGCAGGACAUCUCCAUGCACCGCAUGGAGAUGAUCAGCAGUUUUUCUGAGCAGCGCUUCCACCAGGAGGUGGAUUACCUUGUGUGUGCAGAUGUGGAUGUGAUAUUCAGCAACCACGUGGGCGUGGAGAUCCUCUCCUCCUUGUUCGGCACCCUCCAUCCUGGCUUCUAUGGGCUCAGUCGGCAUGACUUCAACUAUGAACACCGGCCUCGGUCACAAGCCUGUAUUCCUGAAGAUGAGGGGGACUUUUAUUACAUAGGAUCCUUAUUUGGGGGCUCAGUGGCAGAGGUUUACAGGCUCGCCAAGGCCUGCCACGAGGCAAUGAUGGUCGACCAACACAAUCACAUCGAGGCAGUGUGGCAUGACGAGAGCCACCUGAACAAAUAUCUGCUCUACCACAAACCCUCCAAGGUCCUCUCUCCUGAGUACAUGUGGAAUAACCAGCUACUGCCUUAUUUGGAUGGACAACACGUGCGGAGGUUGUUCAACACGGUAACCCAGGUUAGAGUGAAGGUCUUGCCGAAGCUUUACCAGUUGCGAUACUGAUGAGAAAGCUGGGAAGGGCUCAGAGAGGGCGAUGCUCAGCUAGCUGAGUCUUCCUCCUGGCAUGCAGCCUUCAUUAAAACCAUUUCUAGCAGAAAGAGUAUAACUGCUUCCUUUUCCUGUCUGGCUGAGCCCUCUCACUGCCUCCCCAAACUCAGUCAGGCCUAGCACUCUCCCCUCCCUCAUCCCCCUGCCACCACCAAACACACACUCAUUUAGGCUGGCCUGAUUCCUGGGUUCCAGCACAUGUUCUCAGAGUUGCCACCAGCUUUAGCUUCUCACUGUGUGCUCCUAAUACCCUUCAGGAUGGAGGAGGUGGGCCGUCUCAGCCUGUCCUGACAAACAAGGGAUCAGAGGUAAGAUCUUUUCCAGAACAAGGAAGGAGGCCUCAGGACACACAGUCUCCUGCCUCCUGUGACACAGGUACACAAGAGCCUGCCUCAGCCCUUGGCCAAGCAGAUGCCAAAAGUC